AUGCAUAUUCUCAUCACGGGUGCUGCGGGCUUCAUUGGCCAAUUGCUUGCGAGAGAACUGCUCAAUGACCCUUCAUAUACUCUCGUCCUGACCGAUAUCAAUGAACCACCGAUCCCAGCCGGCGUCAAGUAUCCUCAGAAUGCGCGCACUGUCACGGCGGACCUCGUCAAGGCGGCGGAUACGGUGGUGGACAAAUCCCUAGACGCCGUCUAUGCGUUCCAUGGCAUCAUGUCAUCUGGGUCCGAAGCCAAUUUUGAUCUGGGCAUGACUGUCAAUGUCGACGCUACUCGCAAGCUCCUCGAGGCCCUUCGUGCAACCUGUCCCGGGGUCAGGGUGAUCUACUCUUCCAGUCAGGCCGUAUACGGUCAACCGCUGCCUGAAGUGGUGGACGAUACUGUCAUUCCGACUCCCCAGUCAUCGUACGGUGCGGAGAAGCUCAUCUGCGAGACCCUAGUUAAUGAAUACACACGACGGGGGUUCAUUACCGGCUUUACCCUCCGUUUCCCUACAAUCUCAGUCCGCCCCGGCCGUCCUACCGCCGCUGCCUCCUCUUUCCUCUCCGGUAUGAUCCGAGAGCCGUUGAAUGGUGAAGAGUGCGUCAUUCCCCUCGAAGAUCGGUCCUUCAAGUCGUGGCUCUGCUCGCCCAAGACGCUCGUCCAUAACUUGAUACUCACGCUGUCGCUGCCCGCCGAUUCUCUGCCGUUACAUAUCCGCCAGGUCAAUGUACCCGGAAUCUGUGUCACUGUUCAGGAGAUGAUGGACGCUCUGGCGAAGAUUGGAGGGGAGGACAAGCUGGCUCUCCUGAAAGAGAAAGAAGACCCCACGCUAAGGCCAAUCCUUGACUCAUGGCCGACACGAUUCGACAAUUCUCAGGCAAUCUCUCUCGGAAUGAAGCGCGACAGCUCGUUUGAGGCAGCAGUCAGAGACUAUCAACUUUCUCUGAGCCAAUGA